GGAUCGCCUUUUUGCCCGUGACGUCACUCGACGGGAGGAGGGCGGGGCUCCUCGUCAAACAGGAAGUGUGACGUAACGUUUUAUUUUGGUAGAAACCCAGCGGAGGCAGAGGUGACGGGAGAAAAAUGGAGCAAAACGUUGAGGAUUACAAGCUGAUAUUUGAGAAGGAGGGAGUUUACCUCCACACAAAUGCCAAGAGGAGUAACCAGGACACGACCAUCCCGGGGUUCAUCCGCAUCGUCGAGCGGGCCGGCGUGCCGGCUUUAGAGUGGAGCCCACUGGAGGACGAAGGGCGCAGCGCCCCGGCCGUGCUCUACACCAAGAAGGACGGCGAAGGAGGCGUCGAGGACACGAACUUUGACCCCGGGUACGAGCCGGACUGGGCCGUCAUCAGCACGGUGAAGAAGGACCGCGAUCCGGCUCCGGUCAGAGACUCAGGUCAGUGGUCGUUCUCGCUGCCCCUCUCGGAGCUGUACUCUCUCCGGAGGGCUCGGUUCUCUCUGGGCAGAAACUUCCUGGUGCUGACGAGUCGGGGGGGCCACCCGCUGCCCGCCCUGCACUUCCACAGAGGAGGAACCAGGGAGCUGUUCAGGGCCCUGCAGCGUUACAUCGUCCUGGACCAGUCGCCGGUUGACGGGCGGCUCUUCCUCGCCUACCCCCACGACCCCGGCGCUCUCUCUCAGUCCUUCGAGAAGCUGCAGCUGUUCGACGACGCCGGCGCCGACCUCGUUUCGAGGUUCAUCCAGGACCCGUACGCCACCACGUUCGGCGGAUUCUCCAAAGUCACCAACUUCUUCAAGGCCGCACUGCGACCCCCGGGGUCCCCGGGCCACUUCCGCACCGCCCAGGAUCCCAGUUUGCCGCACCAGUUCGACGAAGAGCCCGACUUCGAGCUCAUCAACUGCGGCGUGGCGCUCGGUCCCAGACCAGACGUAACCCGGGGGCAACCGCUGGACAAAUGGCACCAGUUCAUGGACCCAGAGGGGCGAGUGACGGACUCUGAGAAGAUCAAGGAGGUCAUAUUCAAAGGGGGCGUCUCACCGGCUCUUCGGAAGGAGGUGUGGAAGUUCCUCCUGGGCUUUUAUCCGUGGAACAGCACCUUCAAGGAAAGAGAGGACAUUGUGCGGAUGAAAACGGACGAGUACUUCCGAAUGAAGGUGCAGUGGAAGUCGGUCAGCGAGGAGCAGGAGAUGAGGAACUCCCUCCUCCGGGGAUACCGGAGCCUGAUAGAGAGGGACGUCAGCAGGACGGACCGACACAACACCUUCUUCUCCGGGGACGGCAACCCGGGGCUGACCCUGCUGCACGACGUGCUGAUGACGUACUGCAUGUACAACUUUGAUCUGGGUUACGUCCAGGGGAUGAGCGACCUGCUGUCUCCCCUCCUCUUCGUCACCCAGAACGAGGUGGAGUCCUUCUGGUGCCUGACGGGCUUCAUGGAGCUGCUGCACCAGAACUUUGAAGAGUCCCAGGAGGCCAUGAAGAAGCAGCUGCUGCAGCUCAGCAUCCUGCUGAAGGCGCUGGACCCGGAGCUGUGCGACUUCCUCGACUCCCAGGACAGCGGCUCCCUGUGCUUCUGCUUCCGCUGGCUGCUCAUCUGGUUCAAGCGCGAGUUUUCCUUCGAGGACAUCCUCACCAUGUGGGAGGUCAUCUGGUCCGGUCUGCCGUGCGACAACUUCCACCUGCUGAUCGCCUGCUCCAUCCUGCAGUCCCAGAGGGGCGAGCUGAUCGGCUCCGACCACGACUUCAACACCAUCCUGAAGCACAUCAACGAGCUGACCAUGAGGUUGGACCUGCAGAGCGUCCUGCGGGGGGCGGAGGCCAUCCACCUGCAGCUGACUCAGUGCAAGGAGCUUCCCCAGAAGGUGCAGCAGGUCCUGGGGCUCUGCAGCCCGUCCAGCUCCGAGGAGGAGAGCCCCGAGCGGCAGGCCGGCGAGACGCAGCGCCUCCUCGGCGAGCCGCAGGCCGGCGCCGCUGCCCCCAGCGGCUCGGCGCGCGUCCCCACCUAUCCCUAAAUGUGCAGGUCCCCCCCCCCCCCUCCCCCCCCCCGGGGAAGGGAAUACAUGGACGAUCUUUAUAGAACAAACGUGUAUAGAUACACACAUAAAUACAGGCUGUAUAUGAUCCGAUGGAAUGAAGAGCGCCGUUACUACGUGUCGGAAGCAGGGGGCGCUGCUGAGGCUUCUUUCUUUUCUGAAUGUUGCAACUCAAACACUAGUCCUCCUCUUCUUGUGUCCUCCUCUUGUUUACAUGUCCCUCGUCUUUCUGCUCCUCCUCCUCGUCCACCUCCUUUUACCUCCUGACAAACUAAUUUAAGAGUCUGCCUGUCACCUGUGAUGCGGUGUCCUUCGCUUCCUCCAAGGAGUGAGGAUGAGGAAGGAUGCUUUGGUAGUGUGACGCGAUGCGAAGCUGACUGCAUGCCUUAUGCUUUUCUCCCGUGUGAUAAUGUUUUAAUCCUUGUAAUUAUCUACAUGAUGUCAUAACGUUUUCAUCCGCUGAUUAUUUCCAAAUAAAACGUUGAACUUAAA